AUGGCACCCGACAUACCCCGCCCUUUUACCCUCUUUAAGCUCACCCACGUUGAAACCGAAAGUAACAAAAGUGACGACAAAAGAGGAGGCGCGUCGUCUGGUCCUGGUAUAAAAUGGGAACUGCCCAGGGGUGCGGUCAGUGGGAGUACCAGGAUACCGUGGAACCAUGUUUGCACAGCAAUUUUAAACGUUGAAUGUCUCUUCGAACAGAUUUCGGUGAUCUGCGGACUAGUCGCUGUGGCCACGGCCGGUGUUGUGGGUCCCUACGGUGGCUUCAGCAGGCAACACCGCAAACAAGAUGACUUCGGCCGCUACAACAACUUCGGCUACAACAUCGUGAACGGUCUGGGCGCCACCAACAGCCGCUACGAGAGCGGCUCUGCUUACGGCCCCGUUGUGGGAAGCUACACCCUGGCCGACAUCGACGGCCGCGCCAGGCGCGUCGAGUACGUGGCCGACAAGCUGGGCUUCCGGGCCGUUGUGAAGACCAACGAACCUGGCACCAAGACGAGCCUCGCCGCGGCCGCACCCUACAUCUCGGCCAAGGGACCCGUGGUGCCUUCAGCCGGCUACGGCUACGGAGCUUUCCCGUUCGCCGGAGGGUUCCGUGGAUACGGUGGAUUCGGCGGUUUCCACGGCUGA